AUGAGCCGCUGGUUGGUGCUGCUGGUCAGUUUCGGGAUCGCGCUUUUGGCGUGUUCUCGCUGCGGGCAGGCGCGCGUCGGACAGAAUUCCGUCAGUACGGAGAUCCUCGGGGACAGUGACGCGCUGCCGAUAAACAGGAGCGCGUGGGAGCCGAGAGUGGACCUGACGGUCUAUCAGUGCAUGAGUGACCUGGAGUGCAGAGAGGGGAACUACUGUCACACCUCCUCAAGACGUCCUGCCCACUCCCACUGCAAGACCUGCCGCAGAAGGAAGAGGCCCUGCCUCAGGGACACAAUGUGUUGCCCCACCAACCACUGCAGCAACAAUAUUUGUGUUCCUGAUGUGGACGGCUUUGUGUCUGAGAGGAUUCCAAACACUGAUGGAGCGCUAAGCCCGCUCACCAAAAAGAAAGGCGGGAGGCAGGAAGCCAAAGGAUCCCCUGGCAGAAGUCAGGUCGGGAAUCCUUGCUUGCGCUCAUCCGACUGCUUGGACGGUCUGUGCUGCGCCCGUCACUUUUGGACUCGCAUCUGCAAGCCCGUGCUACGUGAAGGACAGGUUUGCACGCGACACCGACGCAAGGGGAACCACGGUCUGGAGCUGUUCCAGCGCUGUCCCUGUGGGGACGGACUCAUCUGCCGGACACUGCGAGAACCCGGUACCCAACUAGCUGCAGUGUCACGGUUCAACUUCUCGGCAACCUCAUCUCGCUACUCCUCAGGACUGUCUUCAGGCUCUGCAUCACCAGCCAAGGCAAGGCUUCAUGUGUGUCACCGAUCUAAAUGAAGUGGACAAACCGAAAGAAUGACUAAGGACUAGUGAGUUGCUGCUUUUGCCAAUGACUUACCUCAGAGACAGAAAAUGAAGACCUGUGGAAUGAAGGGAGGGGUGAAUAACAUAACUUGUUAAAUGCAUGACAACACCCGUGGCCCCUCCCCCACUACAUCUUACAGUGUUUCUACAUGCUAAUGCUAAUUAGCUUCCUGCCAGGCUGCACUGACAGGCAAACUCAGCAGGAAGUGAAACUCUUUGUGGUGCAGAUCUUGUUUCCUCAUUUGUGUCUAGACAAGCAGAAACCACUUUGAAAUCCAGUUUGACCCCAUUUGCACCACCACGAAAAGAACCGGUGUUUGAUCCCUAAUGCAUAUCUGCUGCAACUGCCUCCAGCACAUGUAUUCAUGUGCUGAGAUUUUGAAGAAACCUGAAAUGAAAAGGUUUUGUUUUCAUAUUCCCAAAACAAAGAUAACAUCAUUACUUCGUUACUAAAGAGGAAAAAUAGUUAUCAAACAAACCUGUAUUAGCUAAAACGUUGAAUUAAAACUAAGAAGGAAUACUGAACUCAAUCUUCAAACACUUCUCCACAAUUUCAACCUGUAAAGAAAAAAGAAAAUAAGCUUUUACAGGUGUUAAACUAGGUGAUGAUUUUCAACUGAAGCACUCAAGAGGUGCAAAUAUUACUCUAACCCAUUGGACUUCAGAAACCCAAGCGCUAAAUUUUCUGAAAAAAUACAUUUGUAGUUAUAUAAUGUUACAAUAAAAUAAUGUUC